AUAAAUCUCAUUGUUUUAUUUUUUGUAAAUAGUGUGAGAAAACGGAAAAUUUUCUUUUGAGUAUCUUGAAAGAAUUACAAUUUGAAGGAGAUUUUAAAGUUAAAUAAAUCUUUAAUUUAAUUUAUAUUGCAAGUGUACGUUUUUAUUUUUCUGCAAAACAAAAACAUAACCUAAAUUUAGAUGACAUUUGUACUUGACAGGACAAUAUUUUGAUCGAGAGCUAUUUAAAAAUGACGAGAUACACAUUACUAGCUUUUGUUUUGCUGUCUUUAUCGGCCUUCGCGAACACUGAAGACAUCCUAAUGUCUCAAGUGUUCGUCAUUCCAAUUUCCCCUGAUAUUUUUGGUUGGAAUAUGGAAGGUUUUUAUACACGACGAUUUUCUUAUCAAUCAUCACUAUUAAAUUCACCGGAUUUACCGUCGUGGAUUCAUUACGUUUAUAGCGAAAGAGCUCGACAAGGAUAUUUAUAUGGAGUUCCCCCGAGAAAUCAGGAAGACUUUAAAUUGGAAAUCGUUGGCUUGGAUAAAAAAACAUACGAGACAAAAAACAAGAUUCUAGAUUUGAAAAUCAUUGAUAAUGAAAAUCUAACGAAAUAUGAAAUACAAUUGAAAAUAGACAAUCUAAAUGUGGAAGAUAUGUUAGAUUCAAAAAGAAUAGAUGAACUUCUUGAUGUAUUCAGGAAGAAACUUUGGAAAGAAGCCAUAGAUUUACAGCUGACUUUUUUGGCAUCGGCAGUCGAACUUGGUGCUCGAUUGCCACUUCAACCUGGUGAAGGCGAAGGAGUUGUCCUGAGACUCGGUAGUUCUACACCUUUCUCUAAUGAUCUUCAACUUUUGGAAAAUGAAGUGAAACCACUUCGAAAAAAAUCAUCAUGCCCAAGGGAUUAUAAAAGAACGAGUGUGGAAACACAUUUUAGAAGUGCGGAUUUUAUUCUGGAUUGGUGUACAUUUAGAUUGAUUGAAGAAAGUCACGAUUUACAUCAAGAGAGUGCAAGACGAGGACCAAGUAUGAAUGUAAUUGGAAGACCACAAUCGAAUUUAGCGGAAAAUUCCGAAUGGCGCUGGACCCAACCGACAAAAUCUGGUCUUCCAAUUCGAAGUUAUUUCAAAGAAAUAGUUACAACAAUUUUUAUACCUGGAAUUCUACUUCUAAUUCUAUUAGGACUCUUGAGCACAGCCUUAUGUCUUCAUCAUGAAAAAUUGAUUGAUCCAGAAUCAGACAAAUAUUUCCAUGAACUGUUUAAUCUUUUCCUUGAUCAAAAAGAGAUCGCGAGAGAAAAAAAAGAACCAUCUCCAGUGGAGGAGCAUGGAACUAAUGGCGUUCAAAUGGUCCAAUAUGCAACAUCAAGUAAAGGAACAUUAAGAUCACUCUCGGCACAACCCUCAAGUCCAAAUAAUUCUUUGUCUCGAAGUCCAAAAACCUCUGUUGAAAGGACCAACCCGUACAUUAGACCGAACCCUCCCCCUUAUAUGGGACCAAAUAACUUCGUUGGACUUCGAGCUGAUUUCUGACUACACGAGGAGCCAGCAAAGACGUGGUUUUGCUAAAGUUUCAAAUUCAUUACACUGAAUUGUGAGAAAAAAAAAUUCACACCUGAAUCUUUUUUUCUGAAAGACAAAGCAAAAUCAUUUAAUCUGGCUCCGAAUAAGGAAAAAAUCUUUGCGAUACAAUGAUCGCAUUAUAAUUACGGUAAUAACAGAAAAAAAAAUUAUAUUAUACAAAUAAUAAUAAAUAGCAAUUUGUUUAAA